UAUUGAGAAAGAGAGAAGAUAGGCCAAUUUGAUGGUGUCAAUGUGUCAUUGGGAAAUAAUGGAGGUUUGGUUGGUUAAGCGUCGCUCUUGGGCUUCUUCUCUUUACUAAAGCUUCUUCUCCCUUCUUGUCAGUAACCCGUGUUCCUCUUGGCUUUCCUCCUUCAACGCGCGCGCUCUCUCUCUCUCUCUCUCUCUCUCUCUCUCUCUCUCUCUCUCUCUCUCACUGCACGAAAAGCUUGCACAUGUAACCAAAAACUCCAACUUUAUUUUCUUAAUCUAAAUGAGAGGCUCUCUUCUUUUGAAGUAAAGGAAACAAUUUUCUCUGCCAAACACUUCCUUCAUUCUCCAGCUCUCAUUCCUUGAAAGAAGAGCCUCAAUGAGUUUUUUUUCAGUUACUUCGAUAUCCGCUCUAGUAGUCGACCAAAAUUGAAGCUUUUUUUAUUCAUCAUGACAGAUCAGGGGAGCUCUUCCGAGCAGGAGAGUUCCCCUUCGUCUUCUUCCUCCUCCAAUCGGGCUCCGAAGGCGAACCAGUCCCCUGAUUCUGAUCAGGUCGGCCGCGCUGCCGCCGACACCGUGAAAAGAUCGCGUGACCGGAGCAAACAUCCGGUGUACCGCGGUGUACGGAUGCGAAGUUGGGGAAAAUGGGUGUCUGAAAUCCGACAACCGAGAAAGAAAUCGAGGAUUUGGCUCGGAACAUUCCCGACGCCUGAAAUGGCGGCGCGCGCGCACGACGUAGCAGCUUUGAGCAUUAAAGGAAGCGCGGCCAUUCUCAACUUUCCCGAGCUUGCGGCGUCGCUGCCUCGGCCGGCCACCCUCUCCCCGCAAGACGUACAGGCCGCUGCAGCUAAGGCUGCCAUAAUGGAGCCUUCGCCGCCAGCGAUCCUCUCUCCUGCUUCUCUACUGUCUCCCGACGAGCUUGGGGAGAUUGUGGAGCUUCCCCGCCUCGGCACCGACUUCGUCUUCCAAGAGACGGUCCACUCGUGGCCAUUUUCAUGGUCCGAGAGCACUGAGGACUCCACUCUCUUUUCUGAUUCGCUCUGGCCGCCAAACAACUUCGAAUCUCACUCGUGGAAUUAUUAGAACGCUCUGGAGUGAGGAGCCACGAAUGUGUUGCUGGGAGUUCCAAAUUCCGGUAAAAACAACGAAAGGGGAAUCACUAUCUCUCUCUCUCUCUCUCUCUCUGGUUCUUCGGCAAAUGAAAUUUUGAUCAGGGUCUAUCUCUCCACAACGCACAUUUUCUCUGCAUUUUUCUCAUGUAUUAUGUUCUUCUCUGAGUUUCUGGGCUUGUUGAAUAACUAGGUUGUCUAUAGAAAGCUGGAGGAGGAAAGUUUUCAUGUGAGUCAUGGUCUGCUAUGUUGCUUUGUUUUCAUGGAAUCCAUCCUUUUCUGUGAAUCUAAAUUGGCGCAGAUGUGCUCUAUGUUUUACCGUUCAAGUGAAUAAAGAAUAUUUCUCUCUGUAACAAAGUUUAUUUUGAAUAAAGCGUACGAAAAGUUAAUUUGUACUUUAA